ACCGACAAAUUAGUCAGCUUCUUAACGCAAAACUUUUGCAAUUGCUAAUUACAAAAUAAAACCAAAUAAUGCAACGAUUGCCUCUUGGAGCACGCAAAUUGUCGGAGUGUUUUCGGGAGAAAUCACUAAAUCCCCUUGCAGUUACUGAACAAAUUUUAGCUCUGAUCGAAAGUUUAAAGCCUUUAAAUGCAUUCAUUAGACUAUCGUCCAGAACAGCCUUGCAGCAAUCUGAAGCCGCUACAGAUCGCUAUCAUAAGAAUACUCCGAAAAGUGUCCUCGAUGGUGUUACGAUAGCAGUGAAGGAUAACUUCUGCACCAAAGACAUCCAUACCACUUGUGCUUCUCGCAUGCUUGAGAAUUUUAUUCCCACAUACAACGCUACCGUUGUGGAAAGAUUAGAAAAAUGUGGUGCUAUCGUUCUUGGCAAAACAAACCUGGAUCAGUUUGGUAUGGGGUCUGGUUGUAUCGAUUCCAUUUUUGGACCUACACGUAACAGUUGGAGUGAAAAACUUGAUGAUGACAAUUUUCGAAUCGCUGGGGGAAGUUCUGGCGGCUCCGCUGUAGCUGUAGCUGCUGGUUUAUGUUACGCUGCCCUUGGAUCUGACACCGGUGGUUCCACGAGAAAUCCGGCUUCUUACUGUGGUGUGGUUGGAUUGAAGCCUACCUAUGGGCUUUUAUCUCGUCAUGGAUUGAUACCGCUUGUAAAUUCGAUGGAUGUUCCAGGUAUAAUGACGCGAACCGUAGAUGAUUGUUUGACCGUUUUAAAUGCCAUUGCCGGUCCCGAUGACUACGAUUCAACGACAGUGAAGAAGCCCUUUGAGAACAUACCAACGUUUGAAAAGGAAAUAUGUCUUAAAGGAGUCAGAAUAGGCAUACCUAUCGAAUAUCACUGUGCCGGUCUUGAUGAAGAAGUUCUUGAAACAUGGACUUUAGUGGCGGAUAUGCUCGAAUCUGCUGGAGCUACUGUACAUGCUGUAUCUUUACCUUAUACUUCGUCUUCAAUAUUCGUUUAUUCUAUUCUCAAUCAAUGUGAAGUUAGCAGCAAUAUGUCUCGUUACGACGGCAUCGAGUAUGGCCACCGUUCCCAAGAAGACACAAGUACGGAACAGCUGUAUGCCAAAACAAGGGCCGCAGGCUUUAACAGUGUUGUAAAGAACCGUAUUCUUUCGGGAAAUUAUUUCCUGCUACGUCAAAACUAUGACAAAUUCUUCCAAAAAGCCCUUCAAGUACGAAGACUUAUAGCAGACGACUUUGCGAAGGCAUUCAGAACUGUUGAUGUACUUCUUACACCGACCACGCUUAGUGAUGCACCAUUGUUUAAAACCUUCACGCAAAGCAAUAAUCGCGAUCAAUGUGCUGUACAAGAUUUCUGCACCCAGCCGGCAAAUAUGGCUGGCAUACCUGCGCUUUCGAUUCCGGUGCGAUUAUCGUCUCGCCGGCUGCCAAUAAGUCUGCAACUAAUGGGUAAUCAUUUUACGGAACGCAAUCUGUUUGCUAUUGCUAGCUGGAUCGAAAAGGAGGUGAAUUUCAUAGCAAACUACGACUAG